GAAACAAACGCGCGCACAGACAGAAACCCAGGAGCAGCAGCAGCAGGCAGGCAGGCUGGCAGGCGGAGAGCAGGCAAUGUAGCAGGUGGAAGUGCUGCAAUCGUUAUUUGACUCACUCUCCUUCCAGUCAAUAGGAGGGAGAUGAAUUUUUCUCCCGUGUUUCCAAGCUGCCGCGCGGAAAUCCAACAUUCAGGAGGAGCGGAGCUUCGACUUACUUUGACGAGCCCAGAGGAGGUCAGAGCGCCUUUUAGGAGGGGAAGUGACGAGCAGGCGUUUGGUACGUUGGAUAGUUUCGCCCGUAAAAAGUGUGUGGAUACAGUUGGGGGUUAAUUAGCAAGCAGAAGCCAUUAGUCAGCGAAGCGUGUGGCGUGCUGGUGGGUGUCGGGGAGGGAAGGUGGCACGCGGGUGCCCACACCGCAGCGCGAGAUGGUGAUCUGCUCCGCCUGGUGUUAAAGCUCCUAUCUUCACCUGGACCCGAGGCGACCAUGAAGGACACGGGGGAAUCAAAGGACCACCAACUAACUGUCGCCUUGAGGAUUCGACCCCUGAGUGAUGCGGAGCAGGAGGAGGCGGCCACCAUCGUGGCCCACAGAGUGGACGACCAGAUGGUGGUUCUGAUGGACCCAAUGGAAGAUCCAGAUGACAUCCUGCGUGCCAACCGCUCCAGGGAGAAGACUUACAUGUUUGACGUGGCGUUCGAUUUCUCGGCCAGUCAGGAGGAGGUUUACCGAGCUACAACCAAAGGGCUCAUUGAAGGCCUCAUAUCAGGCUACAAUGCCACAGUGUUUGCCUAUGGACCCACAGGUUGCGGGAAGACAUAUACCAUGUUGGGCACUGACAAAGAGCCAGGCAUUUAUGUCCGCACACUGAAUGACUUGUUUUGUGCCAUUGAGGAGACUAGUGAUGACAUGCUGUACAGCGUGUCCAUGUCCUAUCUAGAGAUCUAUAAUGAGAUGAUCAGAGACCUGCUGAACCCAUCCUCUGGCUUCUUGGACCUAAGAGAAGACUCUAAGGGUGUGAUUCAAGUUGCAGGCAUCACAGAGGUGUCUACCAUCAAUGCCCAGGAGAUCAUGGAGUUGCUAAUGAAGGGCAACAAGCAGCGCACGCAGGAGCCAACAGCCGCUAAUCAGACGUCGUCUCGCUCCCACGCUGUGCUGCAGGUUGCCGUCAAGCAGCAGAGCCGCUGUCGUGACGUUCUGCAGGAGGUCCGCUUUGCUCGGCUGUUCAUGAUCGACCUCGCCGGCUCAGAACGAGCAGCUCAGACUCAGAAUAGAGGCCAGCGGUUGAAAGAAGGCGCUCACAUCAAUCGCUCCCUCCUGGCUUUGGGCAACUGCAUUAACGCCCUAAGCGACAAAAAUGGCAGCAAGUACGUCAACUAUCGAGACAGCAAGUUGACUCGCCUCCUGAAGGACUCAUUGGGCGGGAACAGCAGAACAGUGAUGAUAGCCCAUAUUAGCCCCGCCUCUAUUGCUUUUGAGGAGUCUCGAAACACCCUGGCAUACGCUGACCGUGCCAAAAGCAUUCGUACACGGGUGAAGAAGAACCUGAUAAAUGUGUCGUACCACAUUGCUCAGUACACGAACAUCAUCUCCGACCUCCGCUGCGAGAUCCAGCGGCUCAAGAAGAAGAUCGCAGAGCAGGCAAGUCUGCAGGUCAGCUCUGACCGAGCGAACAUCCGAAACAUCCAGGCGGAGGUCCACGCCCACUCCAGCCAGCAGAGCAGGGCAGAGAUAGACGAGUUGAGGGAGCAGCUUCUGGAUGCUUUCCGGCAGCAGAUGAAGAUCAGGAAGAGUCUGAUCGAGCUGGAGAGCAGCAGCAUGGAGCUCCAGAUCGACACCUCUAAACACCUUGUCACCAUUGCAGACUGGGAGCAGGAGCAGAGUAAGCGCAGGAGAAAGUGGCGUGCAGAAAGAAGGAAGGAAAGUGUCAAUAAAGACGAAAGCGAGAAGGAUUCAGACACCCCAGAGUCUCCCCCAGACAGCACAGAGACCCGGGAGGUGGCAGUGGCUCGGGAAAACCUAGUCACCCUCAUGGGAGAACAAAAGAAGAUUCAAAAGCAGAAGAGUUUACUAGAGCACAAGUUUAUGGAGCUCCGGGAUCGAGCCCGACGCCUGGAGGAGCUGCUUCCUCGCAGGGUGAGCUCAGAGGAGCAGCGGGAAGUCCUCGUUCUCCUCUGCAAGGUCCACGAGCUGGAGAUCGAGAACGCAGAGAUGCAGUCCACCGCUCUGAUCAAAGACAACGUCAUCCGGCAGAAAAACUUUGUGGUGCAGCGCUUUGAGCAGCAUAGACACCUGUGUGAUGAGAUCAUUCAGCAGCAGAGACAGUUCAUAGAUGAGCACAGCUUGCUGGUGCCACCGCACCUCCAGGAACUGUAUGAGAUGUACAUGAGGGAGCUGGAUGAGAGAAAACUGGAGAGAGCUGUAGCCCUGGACAAGGUGACCACCAGACAAUCCGUCAAGGAGGGAUCCUUACCAAAGAUUUCUCUGCCAGGUCUCAGUCGCGAUUACACACAGGAUGUAGAUUCCGACCAGGAGAGCGUACGCAACAUAUUCACAGAGAACCGACGAGGUCAAGCCAAAAUGCGCAGACACACUUUACCUCCCAUUUUACCAGAAGCUGAGCCUGACAGGGUUUUUAAGAGCCGUUCCCAUGCCAAGCAGAUAAAGAACUCGGCUGUGAUGACCCCUCCUCCAAUACACAUUAAUGGGAAAGGAAACAGAGAGCUGCAGCCUCUGGCUCCUGAAAGCUUCACAAGCUACAGCCAUCUCAGCAACAGCAUCAGCAGCCAACUGGACUCAUCACCCGAGAGCAGCGAAGCUGGGGGUGAUAUGGCCCUUUUUCGAAAUGAACGGCAGCAGAUCCUUAAAGGCGUCCAGAACAUCGUGGUGAAAGCAGCCCGUCGACGUUCCAAAGCCCUGGAGGUGGACGUCCUGCGGUUACCUGCCGCCCCCUCUCCUUUGGACCCCAAGAAGCAGAAAAGCAACCUUUCUUUGAUCGAGGCGCCCCCUAGAGGUCUACCCGUGCGGCGCGGGAGGCAACCCAGCCCUGAAUUGAGACACGCCACCUCUGACGAUAACCUGUCCAGCAGCACAGGGGAGGGACCGGGCCUGCAUGUGACCUGGACGCGUCCUCGAAACCGCCACGCUGCCAACAAGAACCAAACACCUCGCGAGUUGGACUUCGAGGCACGUCGUAAGAAAAGGCGCUCCAGGUCUUUUGAGGUCACUGGUCAAGCACUGCCUCAGAGCAAAGCCGUCACAGCUCAGAGGUUCCGGCCUCUGGACAGCACGUCGGACCCUCAUCUUCACAUUAACGGCCAGCCCCAGGCCUCCAUGCUGCGUCCCCAGUACAGAGGGGUCCCUCCCAUCGCCAAAGUCAGGCCUCACCACAGCACUCACACACAAGCAGGAGCAAAUGCUGAGUCCUCUACAGCCAGCAUUAAUAACUUGAAGAGAGGACCUCAGCUCCGGCAGCCUCACCCCCUUCUGUACAUCACCACCACUGGCACCGGGGCCCAGCGCACUCGCAGACACUGAGCCCAACACGUGCACUUACAGCAUCACCAGCCGAGCCUGAAACCCUGAGUGAGGGACAUGAGGCAAGACCGAGAGAGAAAACGACACAGAGUAAACAGAGGAGGGCCGGAUGCCUUCACACAGGUGCCGUCCUCUACGGGCUCUGAGGCCUCCAUCGGGCUCUACAAUCCACUCGUCUAAAGUCCACCCAGACGUUUUUUUUUACAAUAACGGGGCCCUUUCUGUCCUGUCAGAUGUCUUCACUGUAGUCCGCUGCCGUGCUGAAUAUCUUGUGUUUUUGGUGAAUUUGCGAAGAUGUGAAUCUCACUGUGAAUGCAACUCUGCUGUUUGUUGUGUCUUUAAAUGUUUUUUUUUUUUUUUUUGUACUUUUCGAUCUUUGUUAUGAAAGCCUGAAACGAAAACGAGUUGGGGAUACUCAAUAAGCUCAGCAUACAGAUGUAAAUAGAGUCUGACUUCAUCUGUCAAAACAAAGCAGAGGAUACUUACACAUUCACUCCAAUGUCAGUGCUGUUCUAGUCCAAGCAAUUGUUAAAAUGUAUUCUUCAUAGCGUUAAUGUUUGUUCUUGUCAGACUGAUGUGCUGAUAUUUGUGGAGAAAAAAAAAACUUGAUGUGUAUAAUUUGUGGAUUCUACAUUCUUUCCCCACAUUGAGGUCUCUGCCUUUUUAAACCAAAUAUUUCCUUAUUAAAUAUCAUGUUUGUGCAGAUGCAUAACUUAGCACCACAAGAUGUUUUGUUUUCCAGUUUAGCUCGUUCACUUUUUAAUUAACUAUUUAAAAAAUGCCUUUUUCUUUUAUUAUAUUGACAGUUUUCAUAUUUGCUCCUUUCUAGCCUUUAUUUUGUAUUUUUUUUUAUUUGUACCUAAAUAAAAAUUUACUGGAUUGUGUAACCUGGCACAUGUUUUUUGAUCUGCUUUCUGCUGGGUUAUUUGGUUUGUUGCGGAAAUGAUGGUAAGGCAAAAGGUAAUUUAACUGUAGAAGACUAUAUUUCAAAGUUAAACCUAAUAUUUACAUAAAAUUCAAAAGACACAACCUUUAUUCCUCACUGUCUGAAAUUAAAUCAGAGGAAACCUGUUUAGUAGAUAACUAGAACAAUAAACCUUUUUGUUGUUUUAUUACUUUCUUCAAAUUCAGUUGGAUUACUAUGCCUUUAAACUAAUUUAGAAAGACUAGAUGAUGAUGUCAUGGUUUCCCGAGCUCCUGAUUACAAAAUUCUGAGUUAAAUAAACACCGAACUGAUCA